AUGACCGCAACGACAACGCCUAGUAAUUCCUCAAGUCUCAAAAAUGACUGCGAAGAGGGUGCAGUGGGCGCUCAACUUCUCUACAACAGCACGGAAAAGACUGCCAGUCGUUUGCUUUUGAGUGCUGAACGUUACGUAAAGGCGGGACAGGCGCUUUUAGUUCUCGCAGUUGCCUCCGCUGGGGUUGUGGGUCUUCUCGCCUCAUGGCAAUACCGCCGCAUCCAUCGGGUUUGGCGCAUUCGGCACCCGCGGCGAUUAGCGCAGCAGCGGCAGGCGAUGUGGGCUUUCGGCACCUUUGGAACGGCAACAUUUCUUCUGCUGCUGAGCCCCAUUGGUCCGGGAGGUUUACAUGAAGCCCGACUUGAGGAUGUGAAGCGGUUGGAUGAUAUCGCUGUGCGGGCGUUAAUAUUAAAACGGCGGUAUGAAUCCGCUGCAGCUCUUGCGGCCACAUUGAGGGAAAAUGAAACCACAGGCUGGUGGUGGAGGACAACGGCCCAACAGGAAACGGAGGCGAGGGAGAUGUUCGAGCGUUGUGAAGACGAAUGGAGGGCGCUAAUGAAGGAAAGAAUUGCGAUUGAUCCGAACGUGUGA